GUUAAGCAUGUUCGCUUAUUAGGUCUAUGAAAUUGGGCCCAGUGCUGCAUGUCUGUUGCGAAGCAAUGCCUCUAUAUUUUCUAAGUUCAUUUAUCCAUACUUAUGCAUACACAACCUCCCCUUUAAAACCAACACCAGGCGUAUAUCAAUACAACGCUCAUUAUUGAGCUCUUGUCACUCGGACAGAACAACACCCUUUAGACCAGUCAGAGUUCUGAAAGCGUUUCCAGCUUUCCACGUCUAAAACAAUUUUCACCAAAGAUGCCUACCAAAGGAAAGAAAUGGAUCUUAGAAAAACAUUUCGAUGGGACGCCGAAGAGAAGUGACUUAAACAUUGUGGAGUUCGAUCUGCCGGCAGUCAAGGAUGGGUUUGUCUUGUUGGAGGCCGUGUAUCUCAGCGUGGACCCUUACAUGAGACUGUUUAGCGCAAAUGCCCCAACUGGAAGCGUCAUGGUCGGCGAGAUAAUUGCAAGGGUCAUCGAGAGCAAGAAUCCGACUUUUCCCGUGGGUACCAACGUGCUGGUAUCAUGUGGCUGGGUGUCACACUGGGUGUCUGAUGGGUCGGAUCUUACUAAGAUCCCGCCUUAUCCAGAGGGCGUGCCACUCUCUUUCGCUCUGGGUGUGUUGGGAAUGCCGGGGAUGGCAGCAAACUUGGGCAUUGUGGAUGUCUGCGAAGCCAAAGCAGGGGACGUUGUUGUAGUCAGUGGUGCGGCUGGUGCAGUGGGCUCUAUCGUGGGACAGAUCGCUAAAAUAAAAGGCUGUAGAGUUAUCGGUUUCGCUGGUUCUGAUGAAAAGGUAGCGUGGAUAAAGGAACUUGGCUUCGAUGAAGCAUUCAACUACAAGAAAGUCGAUCUGGACGCGACUUUGAAGAAAGCUGCACCCAAUGGUGUAAAUUGCUACUUCGACAACGUUGGUGGUGAGUUUGCGAAUACUGUUCUUAACAACAUGGCCCGUCUUGGACGCAUCGGAUGCUGUGGCGCCAUUUCCGGUUACAAUGAUAAAGCUCCACUUAAAGUUCCCGCUGUCCAAGGAACCCUCGUCUUCAAGGAGAUCAAGAUGCAAGGUUUCCUGAUAUUUUCACACCUUGCCCGCUACCCGGAGUGGAUCCAACGAAACAUUGGCUGGAUUAAAGAGGGGAAACUGAAAUACAAGGAGCACGUUACACAAGGAUUCGACAACAUGUUUGAUGCUUUUAUGGGACUUUUCUCUGGCACGAACACCGGAAAAGCCGUCGUAAAAGUUUAAGAGUAUGAAAAGCCGCGAUCCCAAGCGACUGGAAGGUGAGACUACGUGCGCGAGUCGAGCGGCGAAGCCUGCGCCACACUCGGGGUGUGGUCUCUCCUUCCAUGAAGCUUUCCAAGCCAAAGGCUUUGGACAUUAUAAGGGUUUGAUCCGCUAUUAAGAUGUCGAGAAGUUUCACCUAAAAUGUAUGUUGUCACAAUAAACAAGUUUCCGAAAUUGUGUAGGUAUAGACCAGAGUACACUACAUUCAGGGGUGAGAAAGCGGGGGGGGGGGGUCCCCAAGUUUUUAAAUAAUGCUUUACGUCGCUAUGCUGACAAUGGUUAAAAUUGUGUAAAGUGUUUUCGGUUCCAUAUAACACGAGGACUUUCAGUUGAAAAAGGGGUGAAACACUUCGCGAGUACCCCUGCCCAAGCCUUUAACAACACAAAUAUGUGUUAUUAAGCACAAACCACAACUUCAAAUGCUAUAUAGUUGUGUUUUGAAUAACCUAUCUGCAAAAAUAACUGCCGAAGUGGUCAAAACAGGUCUGGUAGCAAUGUUGGAAAAUAUGUUACUAGGGACCUUAUACAACAUUGUUGUCUCUUCUAUUAACGACCGAGGUGCAUUUUGUGAAGUACAACUUUGCUACAAUUUAUCAAGGGACCUUUGACUACAUUGCUCUCAAAAGGGCCGAGUGUGCAGUUAACGGAUCAUUAGUAAAGUCUACCGAUAAUGGUUUGUAUUCUGCAGUAGUUAUUAAAACGAGUGUAGUACAUUAGUGAUAUCACAUGUAAUUGGUAAAUAAAAGAUUACACUUCGAUUUUAGUUAAA